AUGGUGUUGCUAGCAUUGGGCCUGGUUAUAAAAGGUCCUUCUUAUGAUAAGCUGGGGGUUAACUUAUUAGCCGAUCUCAAAAGGGAGUGUCAAAUAGUUGUUGAUAGCUAUAGGUCUGCUUGGAAAGAAACUGGAUAUGCUUCAAAUGUGGUAAAAAAUGCUUCAAGCUUGUUUCACUUGUUUUUGGAGGUGAUUGAAUGGACUGAUAAUAUUAUUCAUGUAGUGAUUGAUAAUACAGCAGAUUAUGUUGCUGCUGGUAGGCUUAUUAAUCAGAAAUUUAAAAAUAUUCACUGGUCACCUUGUGCUGCUCAUUGCUUGAAUCUUAUUCUAAAAGAUAUAAGCAGCAUGCCACAUAUUUCUAACCUUGCAACAUGUGCUUCGAAGAUUACCGUGUUUGUGUAUAAUCAUAUGGUGUUCUUGUCCUGGCUAAGACAAAGAACUACUUGGAAGCAGAUUGUUCGUCCAGGUGCAACUUGUUUUGCCACUGUCUUCAUCACAUUGAAGAGUAUCUUUGAGCGCAAAGCGGAUUUACAAGCAUUGGUUAUUGAUACACACUUUACCGGACACAAAUUAGGAAGGAGUGCUAAUGGUAGAGUUGUGAGUGCAAUUAUCCUAGACAACAAAUUUUGGGAUGAUUGUUUUAUCGUAUGCAAACUUGUGCGUCUGUUGAUUAAAUUGAUGAGGUUGGUAGAUACCGAUGAUAAACCAUCAUUGGGAUAUGUCUAUGAAGGUAUGCUGAAGUUAAAAAAUGGAAUCAAAGAAAUGUUCAAGCAUAGUAAGACUGCAUAUCAACCUUACACAGAGAUUAUCAACUCAAGAUGGGACAAACAUUUGAAAAAAAGUCUUCAUGCAGCGGCUUAUUUCUUGAAUCCUGCUUGCUUUUUCGAUGAAAAUUAUAAAGAAGCACCUGAUGUCAUGCGAGGACAGAAAGACAACAAAGAAAGCAAAAGGUGCAAUAUAUAUGAUCCAAUCGAUAUUGAAAGUAUUGAUUUGGUUGACUUUUGGGUGACGGAAGAGGUUGUUGAAAAAGAGCUUGAUCUUUCAAAUGAGAUUGAUGCUGAUUUGGAUCAAGGUGGUGGUGGUGGUAGUAGUACAUUUUAUACUGCAUCACUUGAUUUUUCUGCUCCAAGUAGUGGAAAUGAAGGUGAUGAUAUCAACGAAGCAAAUCUGCAGCAAGUUAUGGCAAAUUUUGAUGAUUGA